AUGAUCGCUCGCGCCGGCGGGAAGCGUUCUCGGCUGUCCCCGCCCUCUCGACAUGUCGUCACUUCUUUUCUGUUUUCCUCCGCUUCCUUCUCAGGUCCCUCUCACUCUCACCCUUUUUUAUUUCCCCUCCUUCGUCACUACGCCACAGUCCUCGGGGGAAUUCGGCUCCCACCCCGCGGCGUCCGGGUUCUGGCUUCGGCCCGUGUCCGGUCUGAGGCCGCCCGGAAGGCGUCGCACCGAGGCCACGGGAAGGUCUGCAGGGCGCCCCGGGAGGAGCCGGCGGAGGCCGGCGGCCGGCAGGGGCGCGCCCGCUCGGCGUUCGGUCCCGACGGACGGAUUCCCAGCCGCGCUUAUUCAGAGCCGCAGGAAGCGCCGCUCCGCCGAGGAGGCGGACACGCGAGGGGCGACCUCAAGGGCGGCGGUGCCGGGGAUGCGGGCGCCGGGGCCGGCGGGAGGGGGCGGGUUCGCCGACAUGCCCGGCCCUGGGCCGCUUUGGCGGACCGAGCCGCUCUGCUUUCGCUCACCCGGGAGAGAUCUGGUCCCGGGAACACGUCUCAGCGCCGCCGGGCUUUCUCGUGGGGGUCGGCGAAUCCCAACCCUCGGUCAGAGCCGUGCUGGGAGAAACAACGCGGUUCUCCCUCCGUCUCUGAGGGGGAUCGACAGGUUCCAGGGCUCCCGCCGACACCCAAGUCCGGGAUGCUCAGGUCCCUUGUAGAAUAUGGCGUAGGAUUCGCGUGGAGCUAUGCACGACCUCCCGCGUACUGCGAAUAGUCUCUAAAUUACUUUAUAACGCCCAACCCAGUGCAAAUGCUAUAUCCUCUAAAUCGGCCUUCGUUCUCAGCCAGGAUUGGGUGCCCCACGGUGUCCUUUGGAGGCCCCACGUGGAGCCAGCAGUUCGCCAAAUUGGGUCUUGCAAGAGGACUGUCCGCUCCAUACUGGGAGUAAUUACCAGAAACUGCGCUAUGAAAUUGGUUGGGGUUCUUACUGUUAACGUGUUGAUUACUUUAUCAGGGCCCUCUGUAGGGGAGUCUGAGAAAAGGUCCCGGUUUCCGCUGAAAGAAUCGUGUUUUGUAGUUUUUUUUCCCCCGACGAAUAUUUUU